AUGUCCGCCUUCGCCCAGCCGCCGCCGAGGACCCCCAUCCCGCAGGGCCGCCUGGGAAAUGUAGUCCUGCUAUAUCCUCCGCCGCUGGAGGGACAGGGAGCGGCUGACUACAGGUCCCAGAAGGCGCCGCGGCUGACCAGCCCGCCCGGUGCGUUGACUCUGACCCAAGUCUCCCUGGGACUGAGCCGGGCUGGAAGUGAAGGCGCAGCGAGUCAGUGCCCCAGUGUGUGUGAGUGUUCAGAGUGGAGCUCUUUAAAGAUAACUUGCAAGUCCAUCGAUCACAUCCCGACCUUCCCCCAGAGCACGGAGAACAUUCGAUUCAUGGAGACUCAGCUCAAGUCAAUCCCAACAGAAGCCUUUACAAAGCUCCCAAACAUCACAAGGAUAUACAUUUCCAUCGAUGCAACUCUUCAGCGAGUGGAUGCUAGGGCUUUCUGCAGUCUGGAUAAAGUUACGCACAUAGAGAUACGGAAUGCAAAGAAUUUAAGUCAGAUCGACCCGGAGGCUUUCAAGAAUCUCCCUGUUCUAAAAUACCUUGGGAUUUUCAACACCGGCCUGGCCAGAUUUCCCGACCUGACAAAAAUCCGUUCCACUGACGUGAACUUCCUGAUUGAAAUCGCUGACAAUCCCUUUAUUUCGACCAUCCCUGCCAAUGCCUUCGGUGGGUUGGGCAAUGAAUCGCUCACUCUAAAACUCUACAACAAUGGGUUCACUAAGGUCCAAGCUUACGCCUUUAAUGGAACCAAACUAGAUGCUGUUUACCUGCACAAGAAUAAGCUCCUGUCUUCCUUCAGCGAGGAUGUCUUCGCCGGAGUGCUGAGUGGACCCACUCUGCUAGAUGUGUCUCAGACCAGCGUGCACUCCCUCCCGUCCAAAGGCCUGGAGCCACUGAAGGAACUGAUGGCCAAGAACACUUGGACCCUGAAGAAGCUGCCCCCUCUGAAGACCUUCCUUCACUUGACGAGAGCUGACCUCACGUACUCAAGCCACUGCUGCGCCUUUAAGAACUGGAAGAAAAACAAGAGGCUUCUGGAGUCACUGAUGUGCAACCAGACCUUUGGCCUUGGUCUCCGACAGAGAAGGUCCUUCACUUUGUACGACGGGCCUUUUUACCAAGACUACGCGGAGGGCAACACAGGCGGCCGCAGCCCUGAGCAGGGCUUGGAGCGGCGGGAUUCACACAGCAACUCCCACUAUUACGUGUUCUUCGAGGAGCAAGGCGACGGAGAGGUUGGCUUUGGCCAGGAGCUGAAGAACCCUCAGGAAGAUCACGUGCAAGCCUUCGACAGCCAUUAUGACUACCUGGUGUGUGGGGGCGGCGAGGAGAUUGUGUGCCGGCCGGAACCGGAUGAAUUCAACCCCUGCGAGGACAUUAUGGGUUACAACUCUUUGCGGACUAUUGUGUGGUUUGUCAAUCUGUUGGCUAUAGGGGGGAACGUCUUUGUUCUCCUGAUUCUGCUGACCAGCCACUACAAGCUGACAGUUCCCAGGUUUCUGAUGUGCAACCUGGCCAUUGCAGACUUCUGCAUGGGUGUCUACCUGCUCCAGAUCGCUUCGGUGGACCUCUAUACCAGGAGCGAAUACUACAACUACGCCAUAGACUGGCAGACGGGGCCCGGCUGUAACUCGGCUGGGUUCUUCAGUGUCUUCGCCAGUGAGUUCUCAGUCUACACGCUCACUGUCAUCACGUUGGAGCGCUGGUAUGCCAUCAACUUUGCCAUGCGCCUGGACCGGAAGAUCCGGCUGCGCCACGCCACGGCGAUCAUGGCUGGAGGUUGGCUGCUCUGCUCUGUCCUGGCCCUUCUGCCCAUCGUGGGGGUCAGCAGCUACAUCAAGGUCAGCAUCUGCCUACCAAUGGACACCGGGACCCUGCUGGCUCAGGGCUAUGUCGUUCUGGUGCUGCUGCUCAACAUUGUGGCUUUCAUGAUCAUCUGUGCCUGCUACAUCAAGAUCUACAUCACGGUGAAGAGCCCUCACUACAAACCGGGUGGCAAGGACACCAAAAUUGCCAAAAGGAUGGCGGUGUUGAUCUUCACCGACUUCACCUGCAUGGCGCCCAUCUCUUUCUACGCGCUGUCCGCCAUCUUGAACAGACCCCUGAUAACCGUGACCAACUCCAAGAUACUGCUGGUGCUCUUCUACCCGCUCAACUCCUGCGCCAACCCCUUCCUCUACGCCAUCUUCACCAGGGCCUUCCGCAGGGACGUCUUCGUCCUGCUGAGCAAGGUGGGACUCUGCCGCCAGCGGGCGCAGCUGUACCGGGGGCAGACUGUCUCCGGCCGAAAGAGCAGCUCCUCCUCCGGCAGCCACCUCGCCAGCUUCAGCCGCAUCUCCUGCGGUGCCCGCUGUCACCGCGGUAACCGGCGGCAGGCGGCAGCGGCUGGCCGAGAUUGCCGAGUGAGUGAACUGUAA